AUGGCGUUACAGAAAAAGAAAGACGGGCACCCAAACAACAAAUUCUUUGAAUCUUCCGAAACCAUAGCACAAUUCGACUCCGUUCGAACAUGGCUUCAAAAGAACUGUCGAAAGUAUAUCCAAGCAGAUCCACCAACAAACAAGUCCCUGGCCAGUCUUGCUGUUUUACUUCUCCAAUUUCAAGAAGAAACAUUUGGGAAACAUGUUACAAAUCCACCACUUACGAAACUACCAAUGAAAUGUUUUAUGGACUUUAAACCAAGUGGUGGAUUGUGCAAUAUAUUUCAAGCUGUUUAUAAAUUCAAGAGCGACCAAGGAUGGAGAAGAUUCGAUCUUCAAUCACCAUCCAGAAUGGACAGGAAUGUAGAGAUGUUUAUGAAUAUUGAGAAAGCUUUAAUACAAAAUAAAUGUCUGACAUUACCUGCCAUUUAUAUCAGACCUGAUGUUGAUAGAAUAUUAGUACCAAAAUUAAAAGAUAUUAUAAAACGACAUCAAGGCACUAUAACAGAUAGUUCUGAUAAUGCUACUCAUAUUGUUUAUACCUUACCAACUCAAGCACCUCCUGAUGAGGAUUAUUUCAGACCAGUAUUGAAAAGAGAUAAAUAUACUAUGGUAUCUGCUAGGUGGUUAUUAGAUCUAGAGGAAUAUAAUGAAUAUAUGAAUGAAGAAGAUUAUUUAGUUGAAGAUGAAUUUAAUAUAAAAAGAAGUAAAAAAGACAAGAAAUCAAAAAGAAAAAGAUCACCUUCACCUGUCCCAGAUAAAAAGAAACGUAAAAGUACAAGGACACCAGGUGGAUCCAGUUCAACAAAGAAGAAAUCAAUGAAGGAAGAAGAAGAGGAAGAAGAUUUAACUAAAGAUAUGGAUGAACCAUCACCUGAACCUAAUAUACAGGAAGUCAACUUACCUAAACAAACUUCCAGUUCACGUAGUCAGAAAGAUAGUGAGUUACAACCUAUUAAAGGUGCCACACUGAUGGAUUUGGAUGAGGAAACCAGUGAAAAGGUUGAUGGUGAGAAGGGUGAAGCUACACCAGCUAGUGAAGAAGGUAGUAAGAAGGAGAAAGAUGACCAGGAUGAUAAUGUUACAGAACAGACACAUCACAUUAUUGUACCUAGUUAUUCAGCAUGGUUUGAUUAUAAUUCUAUACAUGCUAUAGAAAAACGAGCUUUACCAGAAUUCUUCAAUGGUAAAAAUAAAUCAAAAACACCAGAAAUUAUGUUGGCAUAUCGUAACUUUAUGAUAGAUACCUAUAGAUUGAAUCCAACUGAGUAUCUAACUAGUACAGCUUGUAGAAGAAAUCUGGCUGGUGAUGUAUGUGCUAUAAUGAGGGUACAUGCUUUCUUAGAACAAUGGGGACUGAUCAACUAUCAAGUAGAUGCUGAUUCUAGACCAACCUGUAUGGGACCUCCCCCAACAUCUCAUUUCCAUAUUAUUGGUGAUACACCUUCAGGAUUGGUUCCGAUUAACCCACCUAGAUUGAAUCAGCCAUCUGCAGCACAACAAAUUGUAGAUUUAGAUAAGAACAAAGAGAAAGAUGAUGGAAAGGAACUCACCAGUUUUGGUUUGAAGUCUGACAUGUAUGCUAAAAAGGCACUGAAGAGGUUACAAGAACAGAACCCUAAUUUACGAUGUAGAGAAUGGACAGAUCAAGAAACACUGUUAUUAUUAGAAGCGUUAGAAAUGUAUAAAGAUGAUUGGAAUAAAGUAUGUGAACAUGUUGGAAGUAGAACACAAGAUGAAUGUAUUCUACAUUUCUUGCGUUUACCAAUAGAGGAUCCUUAUUUAGAGGAAGAUUUUGGUCAUCUUGGACCUUUGGCUUAUCAGCCCAUACCUUUCUCACAGAGUGGUAAUCCUAUCAUGUCAACUGUAGCUUUCCUAGCCUCUAUAGUUGAUCCAAGAGUAGCUAGUGCAGCUGCCAGAUCUGCAUUGGGUAGGUUCUAUUUUAAAUUUUUAAAAUAA